AUGAGGCUGCUGAACGUUUUUCUCCUCUUCAUCCUGCAGAAAGUUCAUGGAACUGCAGUUUUCUGCCCAGAAACAAGUGACCUCAAUUCUGAUGAGCUUCUGAUUGGUUGUCUGGGUGUGCGGUUCACCUGGCUGUACGCUGUGUUUGAUGACCUGCGGUCGGUGUUGGAGUUCACGGUUAACCUGCGAUGUGAGACCGGACUCUGUCCCGGGGACAUCGAGAAUCACGGACAUUACUGCAGCAACGCAAACACGCGGGACGCCGCGAGCGCGCACGUAAAGCCUGCCGACGCACUCGACCGGUGUUGUCUUACCCACUGGAGAUGUUCGCAAGAGCUAAAGGAGAGAAACUGCAGUCGGAGGACACCGACGUACAACAACUACACCUGCAGCUACAACUCUAGUUGUGCAUCUGCAGAUAUGUUGGAUUUCUGUGAGGAAGGAUUCUGUCAUUGUGAUCAGAUGGUUAUCAACUGCAUCAGCUCCAACCAUCCAGUCACAAAACAGGUUGGAGAUAACCAACCAAUCACAUCACAGACAGUCUCUCCCUUUGUGACGGAUCUACACGAUAAUGACACCUACACUGUUGAUAUGGUCAAUAGAACAGACAGGGUGGAGCUUUCUCCAUCAGACGUUGACUUGGAGAUCAUGUUCUAUGGAUUAAAUGGCACACUGAAUGAGACUGUGAGUAACUUCACCAAUGAAUUGGUGCUGGCUAACGGCUCUCAGGGCAGCAAUAUCCAGAGCACAAAGCUCCCUGGGAUAUUUGAGUCAGGUCCAGAGGAAGAGGAGAAUGAAGCAGAGGAAAGAGAAAUGGACAAAAACUCAGAGAGAGGAAGUAUAGUUGAAAGAGCGGAAGAGGAGGCAGUGAAAUAUGAGGAUGUUACUGCUGUGCUGAUGACAGAAGAGCCAGGCAGAGACAAAAAUGAAGAGGAAAUCCUCAUUACCCACAAUGCAAUGGAGUGGAGCACAAACAAUGAGCUGACUGGUAGCAUAACACUAACCGCAACAACAGGAUCACAGUCUGUCACAGAAUUACCAGAUACAUACACAAACACUCAUUCAAACACAAGUCCUUACUAUACACCCCACACGACACCAACAACUCACACACAAACUGACCAUAACUCAUCUGAGGAGGAUGACAAUGAGAGUGAUGAAGACUCACUUCAGUCUUCUGCAAGCAACACUUCAAAACCUGUCACACACACACCUGCACAUACUACAACUAAUUACCUAAGUGGCAUUGCUAAACCAUAUGUCAGCCCACCUUUACACAUCAUAACAGAGGAAAAGAGCAAUGAGUCACCAGAGGAGAGAGAAAUGACAGUGAGUGCCAGAGAAACAGAAGAACAUUCAACACAAACCAAUCAAAGCCCUUAUAUAGUUCCGAUGACCACAUCCACUAAAAUAACAACCAAUCAGAACUCACAUCCCAAAACAACCCUGCCAACAGCUACCUAUAAAAACACAGUAGUUGCAAGCACUUUGGUGCAACUUCCAUUUAUGAAAGGAAGUGGGGAGAAAGAGAUUUUGUUUGAAGACAUCGAGAAGAGUGAGGAAGACAAAGAGACAGGAAAAAGUCAGGAAAGCAGUGCAGAACAACCUGGCUAUUUAAGCACGACCAAACCAGCUACUCAAACACAACUCAACACAAAGCCAUCUCUAUCUAAAGAGGAUGAAAGGCACAAGAAAGACAGUAGGGAAGAUCUACAAAGUGAUGAAGAAGCAGACGAAUCAGUGACAACUCAAACCACUGUGAUCCCAUCCAGGGUCAAAGAGGUCAGUCCAUCCAUGUGGUUCCCUAGACCUCACAGUGUAUCACCAAGACCAACAGCUCACACAUCUGCAAAACCAACUAAGAACCACAAGACCACAUCUGCAGUUCCUCCUCACAAGCCCGUCAGCACACGGACCACAACAUCAGGCUACGCUUCUGUUGAAACCGCCCCUCAUCCCCAGAAACCUCCCCGUCCUGCCUUGGAUCGCUCACCGUCAUUGACCACUACAGCUCAGCAGGAGUCUGCUGAGGAAGAGGAGCAGGAAAAAGAGGAAGAGAAUACGCCAUCUGACAGCUCACAGGAAUCAGAGAAAAUUGAGUCUCACCGGGUCAGGAGACGGGCGGCGCCACUCUUUUUCUGGUCUUUAUUGGAGGCUGCUGGACUGUCAGAUCUGCAGCAGCAGCAAGACAACUCUGGAGAGUGCAGCACCUCUUUCCUCCAAUACAGUGCAUCUGGAGAGGUGUUGAGAGACAUGUCUGCUCUGGGAGAAAUGCUGUACUGUCUGACCGGACGAUGUCCUCAAGAGUAUCAACACUAUGGCUGCUACUGUGGACAGCAAGGGACAGGAAACCCAGUAGACCAACUGGAUCGGUGCUGUUUUCUGCAGCAGUGCUGUUUGGAGCAACUCAUUGUGUUGGGUUGCAGGAAAAACAGAAAGCUCAACGCUCACAUCAGCUGCCACAAAGGAAAACCUCAAUGUUCUGGUGUGAGUGUGUGUGACCGACUGCAGUGCAUCUGCGAUCGAUCGACUGCUGAGUGUAUGGCAGCUUCACACUUCAACCGCUCAGUCACCUCCUCGUGUUCUGGGCCCCGCCCACCAUGCCACCAUAAAUCUCAUUCUUCAGCUCAAUCAUCCAGUCAGGACUCCAGUGAGGAGAGCAAUGAAAUGACCCCAGCCCGACCUCAAACGAACACACAAAACCAAUCAAACACACAUGUACAACCACACUCACCUGCACUCAACAAAAUCCCCACACACAGCAAACCAGAACAGGAUAUUAAAGUGGAGGAGAAGGAGGAGGAGGAGGAAGAGGAAGAGGAGGAGCCAGGGAAGGAAAAAGAAGAGGAGAAAGAAAAAGAACAAGAAGGUGAAGAAGAGGAGGAAGAAGAACUGGAGCAAUAGAAUGAGGCAGUUCUGUAUUUUGUUAUAUGUGACCGUGGACCACAAAACCAGUCAUAAGGCUCAGUUUUUCAAAAUUGAGAUUUAUACAUCAUCUGAAAGCUGAAUAAAUAAGCGCUCCAUUGAUGGUUUGUUGGGAUGGGACAAUAUUUGGCCAAGAUACAACUAUUUGAAUAUAUGGAAUCUGAAGGUGCAAAAAAAUCUAAGUACUGAGAAAAUUGCCUUAAAAUUUGUACAAAUUAAGUGUUUAAUAAUGAAUAUUAGUAAUCAAAUAUUCAGUUUUGAUAUAUUUAUAGUAGAAAUUUUACAAAAUGUCUUCAUGGAACAUGAUCUUUACUUAAUAUCCUAAUGAUUUUUGGCUUAAAAGAAAAAUCAAUAAUUUUGACCCAUACAAUGUAUUUUUGGCUAUUGCUAUAAAUACACCCCAGUGACUUAAGACUGGUUUUGUGGUCCAGGGUCACAUAUUCACAUAUUUUCUUACUUUGAUGCAUAUUUAAUGAAAAGUUAAGCUCAGUUUGAACUCGCUCAGUAUCCAGAGGCCACACAAGAUCAUCACCCAAGAUCUGCUGGUGCUUGACCUGUUAAAGGAUCGUAAAUGCCAACAGUUGAAUUUUCAUAUUUUUUCAGUAUUUUUUAUUCACUAGUAACUGA